AUGGCGUUCAAGAGUUUGUGCUUACUACUGUGUUUGGCGUUGUUUGCGACGGAAGCGCAUGGAUACAAGGACUAUGUGGCAUACAAACGCGCUGUUAACUUCUUCCAAGCUUGGCAGCAAUGUCGUCUCUUCGGCGGACAUUUGGCUUCCAUCGAGUCUGCAGAAGAAAACACGCGGGCUGAAGCUGCCAUUAUGGCGGCAGGAGAUUUUAGCAAAGAUUGGGCCAUUGGAGGCACUGAUCUUGGGUCCGAAGGUAAUUUCGUAUGGAUCGGGCUCAACAAAAAAACAACGUACACUAACUUUUACAAAGGCGAGCCCAACAAUAACAAUGGUGUGGAAAAUUGUCUUGUGAUGGGAGUCGCAUCUUCGAGACAGUGGAAUGAUGUUGCUUGUGAUUCUGUAGCUGGUGGGUUCGUGUGUGCUUUCGUGCGUCAAUAA